AUGCGGCUUAACGAAACCUUCAUCAAACUUCUCUUUAUUCCUCCACAUCUACAACAUAUGGCAAGCAUUCGCCGAAAACCUGUCUCAGUUUUCCGGCCAGCCAAGGUUACACAUGAAAAAGCUAUACCUUCUAGUAUUUGGAAUAAUACUGCUCCAAAACUGAAACGUCAACUUACAGUCCCGCGGGCCGCAGCACGUGAAGUACCAUUUUCGGGAACUCACAAUUGCCAACAACAAACAACAACAGACCCUAUUGCUGCAGAACCUGAUUUUUACUUACCUGAUGAUUGCUGGGAGUAUGUCUUUUCAUUCCUCGACGGCGACUUUAACUCUCUAUCCCGAGUCUCUAAACACUUCCUCUCCAUCACCAUCCGACUCACAUUAUCUAUCAACAUCUCUCAUCCAUCACAUUCUUUACUAUCAUAUCUCUUCCAUAAGUUCUACAACCUUAAUUCCCUUGAAAUCAGUUUCCACUCCCUUGAUCUCGAUGCAGGCAUUGCUUUGGCUCUCCGUGACACACUAACAUUGAAAUCCUUAUCUAUUGCCUGGAUUGAAUUUAAUCACGUUACUUCACAGAACAUUGACUCAUUCGUGAGUUUGAAGGGUUUGAGUUCUCUUAAAUUUUACCGUUCGAAAAUUUCAAAUGAUUUGCUCUACUCUAUUGCAAGAGAAAGUCUUCCCUUGAAGAGAUUUGUUCUUGAAGAAUGUAUCGGCUAUAGUUAUAAUGCAAAGUGUUUGAGUGGAUGGGGGCUGUUUCGUGGUUAUCCUUAG